AUGACGCGGUCCAGUGCUUCAGUGAUCCAUGGGCAUCACUACUACUACUACUACUACUACUACUACUACUACUACUACUACUACUACUACUACUACUAUUACUACUACUACUACUACUACUACUACUACUACUACUACUGCAAUGUGUUCAACACGGUCUCUGAGGGGGUCAUUCCUGGUGGACCGCGAGUAUUCCAUUCUACAGUGCGGGCAAUAUGGAACCACGGAAAAUUUGGAAAUGAACUUAACAACCAUGUAGCAGGCAGAAUAAACACGAAUCUGGAAUCACAAUUGAAGAUGAAACAUGGAAUCGUACCAGCGUGGCACGGGCGGGUCAGCUUAGAGAAGUCGAUUGCAUUGUGGUUCUGUUGA